UGUGUAUUCUGCAUGUAAAUCAAUAAUGGGACUUGUGAAAGCGUACGGCAAAUCUUAUUACCACACCCUACUACAGGUUUUACCGGUUUUCUACGUAAUAUGGCACACCUUAAUCGGACAAUCAGCGGUACAUUCCCAGGGCUACAAUUACGCACUGAUGGGUCUGUCGGUGACGUGUGAUUUCGAGUGGGGAUUAUGCGGAUGGAACCAGGAGACAGCGCCGUUGGAUCAGUGUGACUGGCGACGACAACGCGGUGUCGCCGGGAACGGCUGGUUUAAGAUACAGGGCGAUCAUACUCCCGGGAAAGAUGCACAUGGAUACUUCCUGUUUCUGGACGCGGCGGACUGCCUGCCCAAACCCCGCCCACCCAGUAUCCCUAUGGAUCCCGACCUGAUCGACAGCUUCGAACAGCCGGAGCCCGACGAGAUCCUGGCGCAGCAGAUGGGUGUGGCCUCUUCCUCCCGCCUCCAGCCGCCCCUUACCGGCCGUCUCCAGGAUCCGCCGCCGCGCUUCAACCGUACCCACCGGAAAUGGCAGAAAUCCCUCACCGGUAAAUUCCUCCACCAUCACCGGCCGCGACCAGCCGCUCUGACAUCGGGGUAUCCGUAUAAUCAGCGCCAAGGAAUCAGUUACAAUAACUAUAAUUAUUAUCCCGACACCAUGUAUCCGUCGUCGGCGUCCUAUCCUGUAAAAAAUCAAUACGCCACGGGGCGGUAUGUGCCGCCGGUUAACACGGAUACCAACUCCGAUACCAAGCCUUAUGAUCUGCCGGCAACGGGGGGUUAUAAUAGCGCGGGACAAGCCGCACCGGAUCCCCGGGAUUUGGCUGGGAUGCCGGUGGCGCCGCCUAUGACCAAUCCCUUUAAUAUGCAACCUAACAAUCAUGUCGGACAUAUGCCGGCCGGCGGCGAUACCGCACAGCCGUACACCGCCCAUCUGAUGGGGCCGCGCAUCGAGACGCCGGUGAACUUGACGUUGACGUUCUGGUAUCAUAUGCGCGGAAACAACCUUGGCCGGCUGACGCUCUACCGGAAGGUACUGGCACGGCCCGACCAGAUCAUCUGGGAGAAGACCGGCCAGCAGCAUUCGGGAUUCCAAUGGAUAGAAGCGCAUGUCGCUCUGCAGCGCGGCAGUUAUCAGUUACUUUUCGAGGGCACCAUCAACUCAGCCCAGUCUGCCGGUGCAGGUGCCGGUUACAUCGCCUUGGACGACAUCCAGUUGGACCGAGAAGCCGAAUUACCGCUGCUUAACAGCCCGUCAUACGUUAACCCCGCCACUCCACCGCCACAUCCAGCAUCCGCUGCCCAGCUCCCCAUCUCCCACUACAACGGCUACAUCCCCGUGGACACCACCGUCUCCACACACUCCACCCGCACCAUCACUUCCACAACGCCUCCGCCCACCACCACGCCCACCACCAUGGGGCACCCAUUCCUGUUGCCCAACUGGAGCAUCUCACCGGAGGGGUACCUGGUCUUCCCGAAAUUCGUUCCCGAGACGACGCGUGCACCGAUGACCUCGAGGGUCACCUCGACGAUCGCGAUGGAAGGUCACAGGACACCGGAAGGAGCGGCUGGUACGAAGGCCUACAUUCGUAUGACGCCGCGUAUUCUGUCGCGGGAAGAGAUGCCGAUGGUGGGGCGAGCACGGAUGGACAACGGUGGGCGCCACGAGGGGAAUGCGCUGCUGCCGUUGGACCAUACAGAGAUCUCCGCGGUGAUCAAACCACCUCCGGACGACGGGUUCAACCAAACCAAAUUGUUUAUAAUUAUCGCCUCCUGUUUCGGAGCGGCCGGCGUCCUGGCUAUCAUUGCCUUUAUCGUUAAGCACGGCAAAUCCGGUGUGUAUAGUUUGAUACCUUGCCUACGCCACCGGCUAGACACGAUGCCGGUAACGCCGCGUGCCUCCUACGUCCGGCGACCGCGCCAUCCUCCUCCGCCGCCUCCUGUUGCGCCCCGACAGUUUACGUAGAAACGAAAUCCCCGGUUUAAUUUAGAUUCUGUUUCCUGGAAUGUGUAGCGUUAAGUGUUAAUGUUGCUGCUUAAUACAACAGCACUGACCACAUGAAUUUUAUACACUUCGAUCUUGGUCUUUGACCUACAAAUGUAUGUGUCGAUAUAUAGAU